AUGGAUUUAUUUACCGUCCUCCUUAUUUUGUUAAUUUUGUAUUUUAUAUUUGAUUAUAAUUUUUGUGCAAAGGGGUUGGUCUUUUCGAUUGGAAAUAAAUCUCUGCGGAUUCUCAAGGGAUGCAGCAGCCUGGAGCGAGUGUACCGGAGCCCGCUUUACCUCAUACACCCAGUUCUGCAACAGCUGUUUGUGCACAUCUUCUACAUUUAUCUAGAGAAAAAGAAGGCAUACGUAAAUCAACUCCUAUGGAAAAAAACAACAGAAAAGAAAAAGAAGAAAAAAACAAACAAUAUCAACCAAGAUAAUACAAAAUGGGAAAGAAUACUAAACAUACCUCAGUUCAUAGGAACAACUCUUGGCCAAAUUAAAAAAUGGGUACAAAAUAAAUUGUGGCAAAUGUUCUUCUUCAUUAUUGAAUAUACAAGAUUGUACGAGAAUAUUUGCCUCAAGUCAAAAAUCAACACGAGGGAAGUUCUUAAUAAUAACAAUUUUGGAGUUGUAAUUGUGGACUACUACUUACCCAAUUGUACUGUUAAGAAAAAAAAAAAAAUUUGUGAAAGUUCGAAAAAGGACAACUGCGAAAUAGAUUUGUAUGACUUGGUAAAUAUAAAACAGGAGAAAAAAAUCAAACUUAUUUUAAUUGACCAGAAAUGGAAAGCCGCACUAAAUAUAGGACCUACACAUGAUCCUCAUGUACAAUUUCUCUACCUGCAAGAUACCGUCCUAAUUCAGUAUUUCCAAUUUGCUUGCAUAUUUAAGGAGGAAUUCUUAAAGGAGUCUAGUGAGCCCUAUGUGAAUCGAGAGGACUCACCCGAGGGAGGGGCACCAAAGGAUCACCUUGAACAGAACAUGACAAAUGGGAACCAUGGUAUGUGUGCCACACAGGGGGAAGAUAUCACAGUGAAGGGAGAUGUCGCAAUGGAGAAAGAAGCAUCAAUGGAGGAACAACCCACCACAGGGAAGAAAUCCCAAGUCCAGGUUGAACAAUUUGAUGCAUGUGACGAAUCAUGUGGACAUGAGACCUCCCUCUCGGGGAAGUCAUCCAUUGUAGAAGAAUCGACGGAAGUACGCACAGGUAGGAAGCAGAAUGGACUGAAGACAGAUUCACAAAAGUACGCACCCGAACAGAAAAAUAAGUUUGAUAGGGACGGAAGGAGCGAAAACGCCGUGGAGGAUAAAAUAAGAACACACAUGAAUAAGUGGAAGUUCAAGAACGUGAAAGGAAUAAUCAUAAUCGUCCCGGAAAUAUUUUACAAUUAUCUAAACGUAGAAGAAAUAAAAAAUGGCGUCCCCCUAUAUUACGUACUUGCGAAGGACGUUAAAAUAGACUCCUUCACCGUCAUCGCCAAAUUGUUGGGUUAUAUCUGCGUCCAUGUUCAUAUAAAUAUCAAUUUUGGCUUUUCCAUUCCGUUCAUUUUUAGCAACAAAAAUGCUAACAUACUGAAUAUUGCGAAUGUGGAAUGUAGAAAUGGUGCCGCGAUUGGGGAACAGGGAAGUGGCAAUGUAGACCAGCAGUACGUCGAUGGCUGUGUGCAUGGGAACAGUGAAAUGCAACCUCAACAGGUUGCUGCGUCUUGCACGAAAGGUCAAGUUAAAGAAACCCUGUUAAGUGAGAAUUUCCUCCAUGAUGAGAAGAAGCGAGUGUCCGAAGAUGAUAACAAGGUUGAUAGUCCACUCUUCGAAAAGGUCGACAGCAGUGAUAGAAACGGAAAUGCAUGUGAUGAUCUCAAAUUAAAGGAGACGUUGAAGACUUGUGCAAAUGUAAAAACGAGGGAUGACGGAGAGGAGGUACAUGAUGGGGAGGGUAUAAACGCUCAGUUGAACGCGCCGCUGUUCUCAUGCCCAUUCUCCUUCUAUAGCGACAACUACAACGAUUUGAAUAUUGCCAUGGCACAUUUUAAAUCAAUUUUUAAACAUCACAAUUUCGUUUUCCUCGGCUUCAACGACGGCACAAAUAUUCUGCUAAAUUACUUUUUAGAAAAAAUUUACAAAAAAAAAAAAAACAAAACAGCAGGUGAUAAUAGCAAAACGCCCCAUUUCAAUUUACACAAUGCUAAUCCGUACAAGUAUCCCCUAUUAAAUUACAAAGUGAAGGGGAAUGUCGACCAGAAAUUAGACCCAUUAAACAAUCAGAGUAAAGAGAAAAAAAAAAACAAUUCGAAAAUUGGACAAGCAAACAAAAGUGAAGAAGAAGAUGAAAUGAUAAAUCAACAGAGUUAUAAAAAUAAUAUUAUGAAUAUUUUCUUUAAAGAAAAAAAAAAAGUCGAUAGUGAACAACACACAAAUGGGAAAAACUACUUUAAGGAAAUCAAAAAAUGGAACAUUGAAAAUUUGAUAUAUGACAUGAAACUCCGAAAUGAGGAAAAUUCCAUUUUGCAACAUGAUCAUGUGAAGGAUGAACGGGGGAACGGACAGGCUACUAGCAGUAGUAGGAAGGUUAUGGAAGAAAACCCGAAUGAGUCAUAUGCAGUUUCUUACGAAGGCACAAAUCUCCGUGUGAUACGUACACAUGGAGUGGACGACAAGAUGAAUAAUAACCCCAUGAGACGUAACCACCGUCAUGUGGAGAAUAACAGACCCAUUGAGGGGCACAGGACAGAAGGGAUAGGGGACAAACAGUACGAAGCUGACCAGGACUCCUCGGAUUAUACAGAUUGCCAUCACGAAGGGGGAGACGACGAAUCCGAUGACAGACACACACACGAAGAAGAGGAAGAAGAAAAGAACAUUUGCCGAAAAAACAACUGCGUCAAGGAGAGCGAAUUUAACGCAGCUACUGCCAUGGAAGGGGACAAAAGCUUGUAUGAUGAUAUGUUUAAAUAUAACUGUAAAAGUGAAAGGAACAGAAGUGACGAUCACAGCGAUAAGGAGAGCAAUCCCCAUUUCAACAAUAAGGAUAGUGACCAAUGGGCGAACCCUCGUGUGGCCCAUACUGCGGCAGGUGUGGGGGAAAAACUCGUUGGCGAUGAGCCGACCGUCUCUCUCGGAACAGUGCGUGGUGACAGACUCCAUGAAGAAGCAGGGCAAAGUGCAGUGGGACAAUAUGAUGAAAGCGGAGAAGACAAGGAAAAGCGUAGUGAUGACCACAAUGGGGUGAACAACGGAACGGACCACGACGAAAAUAAUAUAUACUCUCGCAAAGACAGAGAUGGAUCCAAACAGAUCGAAGCGCCCCACCCCGACGCUAAUACAAGUUGGGUGAAGAAGAAAAAAAAAAUGAUAAAAGUACACGUACUUGACAAAUUCCGAAAUAAAGAAGCAAAGAUGAUGAAGGAGGGACGACAAGGGGAGGACGCAUCAGGCAUGUCGCACAAAUUUAGGUACAGCUUUUUCCGAAUAAAAAAUAAAAUCACAAAUAAUUUCAAAAACCCUGAAUGCAAAAAAACACAACAGGAAAAAAAUAUGCUGGACAGAGAUCAAUUGAUGAUAAACUCCUUUAUUAAAAAUAAAAAUUUACUAUUACCAGAAGAAGAAAGUAAUUAUUCAGAUACCUCCACAUGUGAUGAAUAUGAAAAAAAACACACAAAAGAAAUAUGCCUGUUAAUAAAUUUUUCCUACAAUAAUAUGUUUGACAUAUUUAAUUAUCCAGAUGAUUUUAAGGAGACACAAAAAAAAAAAUUUUCCUUAAUACAUACAGUUUUUUAUUCUGCGCAUAUUUUUUUAAAAUCCUUUUCCACCCUCAUUAAGCAGAGAUACUUUUUCUCCUUCACGAGUGAGUUGACCAAGUUUUUCAAGGCGUCUUUAUUUCACCGUGUCAGUUUUGAGGCACCAAAUAGGAGAGGUAGCCAAGGGGUGGGGCGACGUAGCUUGGGGGGUACCUUACUCUUUGGAUUGCCCAAAAGUAGGAAGGAAGUAGAACAGCGCCUCAGAGGCGUUAAUAAUGGGGAUGACAACCAAGCUGCCUUAAGUAGAAACUCCGCUGCUGACUUAUCAAUUAACAAUGGAGAAAUUGCUGUGGAUGAAAAUGCAAACGUUGGAGUUGUCUCUAAUUACCCCAUUAAAGCAACAAAUGCUGAUGAUAACGGCUCCUCCCUCGGCAUUUUUAACACUUGUCCCAAUGACAAUUACCAAAACGAAAGUCGGUGUAAUGUAAUUGGUAAGAAGGCUAUUUUCCUGAGCAUAGGAAAAACUACACGAAGCAGUCACAGUGAGGGUCUUCACAACAUCAAGCGUAGCAGUGCCAAUGAAUCCAUUCCGAACGACAUGCAUGAUGGACGCCUCGAUAUAUAUCGCACACACAUGACCAAUGAGGAUGACACUCAUAUGUUUAGCACCACCAACAAGAGUAGAGAAAGCGGAACGAAUUACAGCUUCUUCAGAGGGAUCCCUGCCUUCUGGCAGAAUCAUCAUGAUGGUGACAAUUUAGGAGAUCAGUCUAGCAGCGCACAUGUGCCAAUUGUGAAUGGAAACGGUGAGGUGGCACGCUCUUCCACGCCGCGUGAGUCCUGCGUCCAGAGGAAUUUCUUCGAAGCGGACAUAUCAUUGUUGUGUGGCCAGGAAGACAGGAGCGCCAAAUUCCCCAACGAUUGUGACAUCGCAAAUGGGGUGUCUCCCAAUUACGAUUGCUCCGUCCACCUGGGGGACUCUCCGGACGGGGUGCCACUCUUGAAGGACCAACACCACGCCGCACAGAAAGAGGUAAAUAAAAUAAUAUACGAGGGAAAUUCCGCACGUGACGAAUCGUUCGAAAGCGCAAUGAAAGCAUAUUUUAAUGCCAAGGCUAUCUACGACAAGUGGAAAAUAUAUUUUGAAGAAAACAACUUUCAAGGAAACGCGCAAGAAAAGUUUUUGUUUAACCUUUCCUUCAUUUAUAACGUAUAUAAUUACCUAGUGUGGAUAUAUAUAUGUACAUAUUUUAACGAAGAAACGUAUUUCAACUUUUGCGGGAGCCAGAAAUUUUACCAAUUCACAAAAGAAAUAAAUUUCCUUAAUGAGAAAAAGGAGUUUAAGCGCAAUAGCAGUUUUGUGUCUACCAGUGACAUGUCCAUCAUAAUUCCCCAUUUUUUUUAUCCAAAGGAUUACAAAUUAUUAAAGGUUUUUUUGUACAUGCUACAAGAUUCAGCCAACCAAUUUAUUUCGAACAAUAUAGAGCAUUUUCAGUUCCCUCUGGUUUUUAUUUUCUGCUCAGACUCCAGAAAUUUCCAUUUCACUCAUUUUGACAUUAUAAAAAUUUCAAAAAAUAAUAACCUCAUUUAUUUGUUAUACAAGAGGGGCAAUGAGGGCUUGUUUUUGUCUGGCAUCAGGCCGUACAUAUGGAUACACAAAGUUCUGUUCGAUUUUGUGGAGUCCCUGUUCCUAUCGACCUUCGACGAUUAG